AUGCCCCAACGCGAGACCCUGCUGCAUCAGAAGAUCUCUGUGGCUUUUGUCUGCCUCGGCAACAUCUGUCGUUCCCCCAUGGCUGAAGCUAUUUUCAAGCACAUCGUCAAGCAAAAAGGUUUGCACAGUCACUUUGACAAAAUUGACUCUUUCGGCACAGCUGCCUACCACAUCGGAGAACUGCCAGACUAUAGAUCUGAACAGACCUGCCUCAGACACCACAUUACAGUUGAUCAUCGUGCUCAGAAAAUUGCUCCCAAGCACUUUGAAGCUUUUGAUUUCAUUUUUGCUAUGGACAAUUCCAACUUAUCUAACUUGAAAAGGAUCCAGCCAAAGCAUUCUAAAGCCCACCUCUCUUUAUUUGGCAAAUAUAAUGAGAAAAGUGAUCAAUUUCCUGCUAUUGUUGAUGAUCCGUACUAUGGAGGAAUUAAUGGCUUUGAAUUUAAUUUCCAGCAAAUAUCUCAUUUCACUGAAGUAUUUCUCAAAAAUGAAAUCACAAAUAAGUGA